GAUAAAGUCACGAAGAACCUCCUUCUGAUCACCUAGCACCAGCAAACGAGGCCAGUGAAGCUGUUAUGCUGAGUGUAAGGAUCAGCAGCAGGACAGCUUCUCUCCAAUCCCCGAAGUCCCAUUCUGGAGAGAAUGCAAGCACCGGGAGCAUAAGUGCCAAACUGCAGCCUGUGAGAAGGCUUAAAACCCCAAAACUCAGCAUCACGUCGUGCAUGCCCCCGCCAUACUUCUCCCGAGCAAGCACCAUGCGCGCCAGAGGUGACCUUCGCAAUGAGCUGGAGCCCAAGCGAGACUACUCGCAAGUGGCUUGCAGCGCAGCCAGUGCAGACCUGUCCGACCUGUCCGAGUCACCUCAGCCAGCAUCCCUGACGCCUGUUCUGUGGGCUGUGAGCAUUGCCAGCUUUGGAGCUCUGGCGUUUGGGUAUCACCUGGGCGUCGUCAAUGGUCCACUCAAUGCCAUCGCCGCCGAUCUGGGCUUCGCAGGCAAUGCCUCCCUGCAGGGCACGGUGGUGAGCAGCCUGCUGGCGGGUGCGGCAGUGGGCAGCCUGGGGGGCAGCGGCCUCGCGGACUCCCUGGGCCGCAAGGCCACGCUGCUGCUGACUUCCAUCCCCCUGCUGGCCGGCGCCCUGCUGGCGGCCACCGCUGGCAGCCUGACCUCCAUCGUCGCCGGCCGCGUCCUCUCCGGCGUCGGCAUCGGGCUCGCCUCUGCCCUGGUGCCCCUGUACAUCUCAGAGAUUGCUCCCACCAAGGUGCGGGGAUCGCUGGGCAGCAUCAACCAGCUUGUCAUCUGCAUCGGGAUUGUCGCAGCGCUGGUGGUCAACGUGGUCAUCCCUGCCACCUCCUGGCGCACCAUGUUCUACCUGGCCUCGAUCCCGCCCAUCCUCCUGGCAGUGGGCCUGACAGUGACGCCCGAGAGCCCAAGGUGGCUCUACUCCAAGGGCAGGACACAGGAGGCCGAGGCAGCCGCCGAGAAGCUGUGGGGCCCCAGCGGGCCGGGCGAGCUGACUGAAGGCAGCUCAAAGACAGAUGUGGAGGGCGGCAGUUCAGCGCAGGAGCCGGUGAGCAUGGGGGAGCUGCUGGGCAACAAGGGCGUGAGGAUCGGCUGCGCCAUCUUCCUCCUGCAGCAGUUCAGCGGCAUCAACGCCAUCGUCUACUUCUCCUCCUCUGUCUUCGCCCAGGCCGGCAUCACAAACGCGGCGCUGGCAAGCGCGGCAGUGCAGAUGACCAAUGUGCUGAUGACGAUGGUGGCGGCCUCGCUAAUGGACCGCGCCGGCCGCAAGCAGCUGCUCACGCUGUCCUUCUCGGGCAUGGGCCUUUCCAUGCUCGCCAUGGCCGCCGGCCUGGGAAUCAAGCAGCUGUCCGGCCUGAGCAGCUCCGUUGCCAUCGUGGGCACCGUCGCGUACGUCGUCAGCUUUGCUCUGGGCGCGGGGCCCGUUCCCGGCCUGCUCGUGCCUGAGAUCACGCCCGCCCGCCUGAGGGGUAAGGCAGUCUCGCUGGCGCUGGCGACGCACUGGGUGUUCAACUAUGCCAUCGGCCAGCUGUUCCUGCCGGCCCUGGCAGCAGUGGGCGUUUCUGGCGUGUACCUCUUCUUCGCGUUCAUCUGCGCUCUCACCGUUGUGUUCACAAACUCCCAGAUUGUGGAGACCAAGGGACGGUCCCUGGAUGAGAUUGAGAAGCUGAUGGCAAAGUGAUUAGCAUAAUGAUAUGAUGUCAGAGCAGUGUAAGCAAGCUUUCUUCCGGAUACGUUCAGGGUUGUUUACAAGUCAUGACCC